AUGGAAAAGAGAGAGGCCACCAUGUCCUCUUGGAACCCAGAGCGAAAACAGAGCCUGGUGGGCUGGGACUCCCAUCUUUCUAGAAUCCUCUUCCUGUUGCUGCUAUUUGUAGUCUCAGCCCAGGGGGUCACCCCAAAUCCUGAAGCCUGUCUGGUGUCCUCCUCGGUCAAUGGCAGCUCCAUCUCCUGCCAGCCACCGGCCCAAAUCCCCAAAAGCCUCCCAGCUGACACCAUCUUUCUGGCCGUGGAGUUCUUCAACCUGACUCAGCUGCCUGCCGACUUCCUCCAGGGCGUCCCUAACCUCCAGGAACUCCACCUUUCCAGCAACCAACUGGAGAACCUCUCCCCCAAGUUCCUGCUGCCUGUGCCCCAGCUAACGGUGCUCGACCUGACCCACAAUUCCCUGACCCGGCUGCCCCCUGGCCUCUUCCGGGUCUCAGCUGCCCUCUGCACCCUGGUGCUGAAGGAAAACCAGCUGAAGUUUCUGGAAGCCUCAUGGCUGCACGGCCUGAAAGCCCUACAACAUCUCGACCUAUCUGAGAACCAGCUCCAGUCUCUGCCCCCUGGGCUCCUGGAGAAUUUCACCAACAUGCUCACCCUUGAUCUUAGCAAUAACCAGCUGCAGACGUUGCCCCCUGACCUUCUGAGGGGCCCCUUGAACUUGGAACGGCUGCGUCUGGAAGGCAAUAGACUGCAGGUGCUUGGAGAGCGCCUUCUGGCACCCCAGCCAAAACUGCGCUACCUCUUCCUGAACGACAACAGGCUGGCCUCGGUGGCAGCCGGCGCCUUUCGAGAUCUGCAGAAACUGGACAUGCUGGAUCUCUCCAACAACUUGCUGACCACGGUGCCCACGGGCCUCUGGACCUCCCUGGGGAAGGCUGCCAGGAACCUGAAGGAUGGCUUUGACAUCUCUAGUAACCCCUGGAUCUGUGACCAGAACCUGGCCGACCUCUAUCGUUGGCUGGUGGCCAAUGAAGACAAGAUGUUUUUCCGGAAUCACACACGCUGUGCCGGCCCUGAGGCCUUGAAGGGCCAGAUGCUCCUGGCUGUGGCUGAGUCCCACUGA